AUGCCGCAGUGCACCAAAGAGCCCGGAAAGGAGUUUCACGAAACAAAACCGGGGUUCAAGGGCGGACGCGGAGGAGUGCUGCAGGAUUCCAAGCAGACGCCCAGCAUGCCUAGAAAGCGAGGUGACUUACCAAACUCACACACGGUCCUAGUAGCGUGCCCUAGCACAGCAGCCGCGCUCGCCCCCCUGGGUCCCCGGCACAGCUCCGACCACCGCCACCCACACCGCUCUGCUCGCUCAGGCAUUGGGGCCGAGGGGUCCAGACGGUCCCACCGGCUGGGGUAUCGGCCCAGCCCGCCACGUCUGGAGCGGUCCAGGCGGCCGCUCCCGCCGCGGGGGUGGAGACAAGCCGAGGAGCCGGGCUGUACCCGAGGGCACCCACUCCAAGGGAAGGUUGAGCCCGCCGCCCGCCACUCCGGAGCAGACCUGGUCCCGAGCCGCGGCAGCGCGCGCGGCAGGAAGUCCCGCCCCCGUGCUACGUCAUCGGCACUGCGCACCGCCCCAGGGCCCGAGCCGUUGGUGAGGAAAGCGGGCGACGGUUGCGCGGGCAGCCGCUGCUACUGUGGGAAAAGUGCGGACGCCACUCUGGGACGUCCCUGUGGGCCGCACCAAAGCCCGCGAGCCCGGGAAACCGCAGGUCUCGCCUCACGCCCGACUCCCCGUGGGUUGAGGGACUCCCUGCCCUUGUCCCGCCCAGGUUACACUUCCUUCUCUGAGAGCUUGGACGGUGCUCUUAGCCGCCACCUCUAUCACUGCCCGCCUGUCAUCAUGCCUGCUGGGCGGGUUUUCGGGCUCUGGCACCCAGUCAGCCUGCAAGUACGGAGUCGCCUCAGCUUGCCAACAGGGAAGUCAGAGGACUCUGCCUACUGUUGGUUACUUCACAGCACCUCUACUUUCAAAGAACAUCUUCCUGAGAAUAAACAUGAAGAGUACUGUGACUGUAAAACAUCAUAUUGACAGAGAGUUCAAAGGAAUACUGGAUACAGAAUAAGAAAAUUUGGGAGAUUAAAACUCAGAAGUUGAGCUUCAGCCCGGAAAACAAGAUGAGGGAUCUUUCCAGCCUGCACCAAUGUUCACAUUUCUGAUUGAAUUACAAGGUUUUUCUUGUUUCAAACUCAGAAGCCCUUUGGAAACUUUGGGGGAAAUCUCACCACAUCCUUUAAAUCUUGCUUAUGGUUAGCGGGGUAGAUACACUAGAACUCAGGGAAGUAUCUCAGCCUCCAGUAUCCGUAGCCUUGCCAUAAAUCUACCUAAGGUCUCCUGCCCCGGCCUUGCUGUCUAUCAGUGUGGUGUGUGUUCACAGUUUUACUUUCCCAGCUAGCCAUCUUUUCCUGGAUGGUCUUAAACUAUUUGCUGAGUUUGGGGGUUUUUUGUUUUGUCUGAUUGGAUUUUGUUUGUUUUGUUUAUUUUGCAGAGCGUUUUCAGACUUUUCUGUUAGGUGAAUUUUACAUUACCAUUAAGAAAUGGUUUCCAAGUUGUACAUUGCCCAGUAACUGCCUCUCACUAUUGUAGUUUUGAUGGUACUUUUGGUAUUAUUUUAAUUUUGGGUCUUGAUCUUUGGACAUGAAGCACACCAUUAUUAGUUUCUGCUGGAGAUAUUUAUGUGUGUGGUGUGUACACUUGAUCACAUGUAUGUCUGCACAGCUGUGCACAUGGGUGUAGAGGACAGAGGUUGGCUUGGGGUGUUUUCCUCCAUCACUUUUUGCCCUUAGUUUUUGACCCAGGGUUUCUCACUGAACCUGUAAUUCAUCAGCUCAGACAGGCUGGCUGCCAGUGAGUUUCCCAGACUGCCUGUCUCUGCUGUCUCAGGCCUGAGGUUAUCCGCCAUAUUGGAUAAGCACUUUACUAGCUGAGUCGUCUACUCCACCCUGUGGAAACAGUGUUGCUAGAGGAUUCUUAUUUGGGUCUUUCUUCUUCUUCUUCAUCUACUUUAUCUUCUUCUUAAGUAUCCUUUCCUGGCAUUUGUUACAUCACAAGCUUUUGUAUCUGUAUUUCUUGACUCCUUCAUGGUUAUUUCAGACCAACUUUCCCUUUUUGUCAUCCUAGCAGGGACUCUUAAACCAUCAUGUAUGGGAAGCUGCUCCUCCAUGACCUCUAUGGGCCUCUCCUCUUGAGAAAGUACUUUAUUAAGGCAAACUACAGCUCCUGUCACUCAACUGGUUUCAGGGCUGCAAGUGCUACUUAUCAUUCUCCUCCACAGUCAAUGGCAAGUUCUAAUUCCCUUCGGUUGUUUCUUCCAUAAGCCUAAGGGCUUAGCUUGUAUGACCCAAAUCCUCAUUCCUGAUUUUUAAAAAAAUGUAAUUGGUAAUUAUUUACACCUCACUGGAAUUGCUGCACCUGUCCUUCCCCAGUUACAAUUUGUAAUCAAAACGUUCCCAAAUCAAUCACCUAUAUGUGUCCCUACCUGGCAUCAUUUUGGUUUCCUAUUGCUCUAGCUCAGUUACCACUGCCAAGAUGGGAAAUCCUUGCCUGCUCACACCUGGAUCCAGAGUGCAAAAUGUCCACAUAGUACUCUAACUUAGAGUCUAAUGGGACUCUCACUGUGUCUCCUGGCAGAAAUGCAUGCCAUUCGGAAGCCAGGACUUUUAUACCUUCAAUGUGGGGACAGGAAAGUGUCCCCUGACAAGUCAGUAGGACUGGGGUUGAGUGGGGUUGUUUCUGCUUUCUCUGUUUUGUUCUUGGAGCCAUGUGUUUGUUCUCAGCAGGACAGUAAUUGAAGUCAGUGUGCGUACUGCUUCCUAAAGGAUGGCACUUAACCCUCAUGAACUCCCGCUUCUGAACUGGCACUUCCGUUAUCCCAUAGUACAGUGAGAGCAGAUGCUAGGGUUAGACAGCCAGGUCAGAAACACCGAGGAAGGUAAAUAAGAAGGCUUGCACCUGGCUGUGAAAUAGCCAGCCUGACCAGGUAAGAGAAGAGGCAGAACACUGGG